UCCAUGGCGAGUACAAAUAACGUGACCGAGUUAAUUAUCGUCGGUCUUUUCCAGGAUCCAGAAGUGCAGAGGGCAUGCUUUGUGAUGUUUCUUCCUGUGUACCUGGCGACAGUGGUGGGCAAUGGUCUCAUUGUUCUGACAGUCAAUGUCAGUAAGAGUCUGCGUUCCCCCAUGUACUUCUUCCUUAGCUACUUGUCCCUGGUGGAGAUCACUUACUCCUCCACUGUUGUCCCUAAAUUCAUGACAGACUUACUUGCCAAGAUUAAAACCAUCUCCCUGGAGGGCUGUGUGGCUCAGAUAUUCUUCUUCCACUUCUUUGGAGUUACUGAGAUCUUCCUGCUGACGGUAAUGGCCUAUGACCGCUUUGUGGCCAUUUGCAAACCUCUUCGCUACACCACCAUCAUGAGCCAGUUUGUGUGUCGCCUUCUGGUGGCUGUUUCCUGGCUCGGGGGCAUAAUUCACUCCAUGGUCCAGAUCCUUGUUACUGUUCAACUGCCGUUCUGUGGUCCCAAUGUGAUUGACCACUACUUCUGUGACCUCCAUCCGUUAUUCAAGCUUGCCUGCACUGACACUUCUGUGGAGGGGGUUAUUGUGUUGGCCAACAGUGGAUUAAUCUCCGUCUUCUCCUUCCUCAUCUUGGUGUCCUCCUAUAUUGUCAUCCUGUACAACCUGAGGAACCAUUCUGCAGAGGGGAGGCGCAAAGCCCUCUCCACCUGUGCCUCUCAUAUCACAGUGGUCCUCUUGUUCUUUGGACCUGCCAUCUUCCUCUACAUGCGACCCUCCUCCACCUUCACUGAGGACAAACUGGUGGCCGUGUUCUACACAGUUGUCACCCCCAUGCUGAACCCCAUCAUCUACACACUCAGAAAUGCAGAGGUGAAAAAUGCCAUGAGGAAGCUGUGGGAGAAGAAAGUGAACUCAGAAGUGGGAUAA